CUCCUCCAAUUAUCCAUUGCAAUCAAAUCCCCACAUCUCAACCGCUGGUGCAUAGAAGAAUCUUUGCAUUAACUUUAUUUUACUUGGCCCCUCUGCCCCUUCCCUUUUUUCUUUAUAAAACCCAAGACGGUGCUUUGCAACAAGAAGGAAGAACCCAGUUCAAUUUCUUCUCACCUGUCCUGAAGUAGUAGUUGUCCCAUGGCUCCAAUGCUGAGGCCUAGCCUCACUCUCCUAUUCCUGCUCUCCACUCUCCUAUUUGCCCACAUUAUUGUUGAUGUCUCCGCCACCACAAUGACCUUCAUCAACAAAUGCACCCACCCGGUCUGGCCCGGCAUUCAGCCCAGCGCCGGCCAGCCCAUCCUCGCCAAAGGCGGCUUCGCUCUCCCGCCCAACAAGGCCUCCACCCUCCACCUCCCUCCUCUCUGGUCCGGCCGCUUCUGGGGCCGCCACGGCUGCGCCUUCGACGCCUCCGGCCGAGGCCGCUGCGCCACGGGCGACUGCGGCGGCAACCUCUUCUGCUCCGGCCUCGGCGGCACUCCUCCCGCCACCCUCGCCGAAAUCACCCUCGGCAACGAGCAAGACUUCUACGAUGUCAGCCUGGUCGAUGGAUAUAACCUCGCCAUCUCCAUCACUCCCUACAAAGGCUCCGGCAAGUGCAGCUACGCCGGCUGCGUCAGCGACCUGAACAUGAUGUGUCCGGUGGGGUUACAAGUCCGGUCACACGACAACCGGCAAGUGGUGGCCUGUAAAAGCGCUUGCUCGGCGUUCAACUCGCCUCGGUAUUGCUGCACCGGAAGCUUCGGGAGCCCUCAGUCGUGUAAGCCGACGGCGUAUUCCCGGAUCUUCAAGACGGCUUGCCCGAGAGCUUAUUCUUAUGCUUAUGAUGAUCCCACCAGCAUUGCUACAUGCACCCGCGGAAACUAUUUGGUCACCUUCUGCCCUCACCGCCGUCGUUGAUUCAUUAGUAGUAAUCCCAGUUAAUUUAGUUCCGGUUCAGAUUUAGUUGCACCUCGCAACUGUUGCGUAGCUUCCAUUACUGUUUUAAGUAUGCUAUGAAGAAGAUGAAGGGCGCAUUUCAAAUCUCUGUGAUACCAAUUAGUGCAAUUAAUUAAGGACGGGCGAAAUUAAUUAAUUAAUGACUUCUUAAUUAGGAAUGUACUAUAUGUAUGAUGAUCCAUGUUCAUCGAUCAUCAAAAUGAGAAUGGAGGGAAACAGCUGGGUGGUGGGGUGGGCCUGGUCAGGUCCUCGUGCAUGGAUCGCCAUCAUAGGAGCUUUUGAACUUUGCGGCCAUUUUAGGUUAUGAUAUUGCUUUUCAGUACUGUGCUAGUCUACUCUCUUUGAUUCGUG